GACUGUUUGGUGCAAAGGAUUAGUCAUGGCUGAUCCAACUAUACAGACAUUCUGCUGUCACAAUCGGAUACGGUCUCCUCCGGCCGUUAAACUGAUGUCCGAGUUCAAUACCGACGGAUAUAUCGUGGUGUGCAUUAUUUCAUCAUGUCUCGGAAUUGCCGGUGCUAUCUACCAGAUCUGGAUACGCAACGAAGACAACCGCAGCCAGCAGGCUGGCAUCAUACGCCAAAGAUCUGGACUCGGCUCCGGCUACAGCACCGGACGCACCAUCAUCGUCUGGCUUGCGGUGGCCGAUCUGUGCGCUUCGCUAGGCGUAUUUCUCCGGUCGGCACUGUGGAAGUACAUAAAAAAUGUCAUUCCACCGGCCAGCGACCAUGACGAUACGACGAACGUGAUAUUCUGUGCCGUAUCGUCCGCUUGGAUUCAGUACUUUUACAUGUGCACCUGGCUGUGGACGCUGUGCUAUGCGAUCAACGUGCGGCGGUUACUUGGCGGAAGCAGCGUUUCGGUGCGAACGUACCAUUUGUGCGUGUGGAGUAUAUCGGCGGUGCUGACUGCAACUGGGCUGACGGUCCUGUACGUUCCGGAUGCAGACUGUCAUAACGUGCAAGACAUGGGAACUGCCUAUCUUCGUAUACUGCCUAAUUAUCUCACCACUUACGGACCGAUGGUAGCCGUGAUGGUGGCCAAUCCGCUGCUCUACUUCACUGCGGCCAAGGAUGUGGACCGGCAGCUGGUUGCGCGGUUCAGUCAGAUGACUUCGACCGAGCGUGAUCUCAUGACGAAGUUCAAGAUAAAGUUCUCUCUAAUCAAUUUCGUAUUCUACAUCUGUUGGUUGCCAAAUCUGAUAAAUGGAGUCAUCCUGUGGACCAUGUGGUCCUCUUUGCCAUUUCGCACCAUCGUCGUGGUGUGGUAUGUUAUGGCCAUAACGAAUCCCCUGCAGGCGUUUCUUAAUACGCUCGUCUACCAGAGGUGGAAUUGCAUUUGGCCUUGGAGGAGGGGCGAUGCAAAUAGUCCGGGGAAGCGUCGAAGUGGAUAUCGUUAUGCGCUCUCCGAAGGUACCCCGCUGCUACAAUCGCAAGUAUUUAAAAGUCAAAUUCCCUCUACUUCAUCCGCACAUCAGCGGGAGCUGCCGACGGAUAUUAUUCCAAAGCCGACGCUUAGUGUUAAUACGUGCACAAUGGUAUGAUGGUAGGCCGAUUUGAAGUCAGUUGUAAGUUAUCGAACAAAUUAGAAUUAAUUUGAAUCGGCUUUCGAGUAUUUGUGCUGCCUUAUGACAACUUUUAGUAUAGAAAUUUUCUUUUAAUGCUCUUUGAAAUAAAGCGAUGUAGU